AUCUCUCCGGAGUCGAACUUAUUACGUAAUAAUCACUACGGAGAAAUCUUGGCGAUCUCCGAUAUGGCGUUUCGCUCCGUUUUCGAUGCCGUAGCUCUGAGAAACGAAUUCGAGAAUGCUGGGAUAAGCUCACAGUUCAUCCCCAUCAUCUGGAAGCAUGUUCGCCAGAAGCCUACCAGCGAGCUUGAUGAGAUCCCUUCACUCCCAGCGGCAGCUUACCCCAUCCUUAGGUCUAAAUUCAAAGCGAUGACAUCGUCCCUCACGUCGGCCGCGAAGUCCAAGGACGGUCUUACUACCAAGCUGCUUAUCCGUCUCCAGAAUGGAAAUUUGGUGGAAGCAGUAAUAAUGCGGUAUGACCCUACACUUGGGAAAUAUGAUGGAAAACGUCGUCCUGGUUGUCAAAGAUCAACCCUGUGCAUUUCAUCACAGGUGGGCUGUAAGAUGGCUUGUAAAUUCUGUGCAACUGGGACCAUGGGUUUUAAGAAUAAUCUGUCACCUGGAGAGAUUGUUGAACAGUUAGUCCAUGCCUCUCGCUUCUCAGAUAUACGCAAUGUUGUUUUCAUGGGAAUGGGGGAGCCAUUAAACAACUUUACCGCAGUAGUGGAAGCUAUCCAGAUCAUGAUGGGAUCCCCAUUUCAGCUAUCACCUAAAAGAAUUACUGUGUCAACUGUUGGGAUCAUACAUGCCAUCAACAAGUUUCAUGACACUCUUCCGAAUGUCAACCUUGCUGUAUCACUGCAUGCACCUGACCAGGAUAUCCGGUGUCAGAUAAUGCCUUCUGCAAGAGCUUUUCCUCUUGGAAGGCUUAUGGAAGCUCUGCAUGCCUAUCAAGAAAAGAGUCAACGGAAAAUUUUCAUCGAGUACAUCAUGCUUGAUGGUAUAAAUGAUCUUGAGCAGCAUGCGCACCAGCUUGGCAAAUUGUUGCAGACACUUGAAGUGGUCGUCAAUUUGAUACCAUUCAACCCGAUCGGCACUUCCAGCUGUUUCAGAACAAGCUCAGAACACAAUGUCAAGGUUUUCCAGAAAUUGCUUAGAGGUACGUAUAAUAUCCGAACCACUAUAAGGCAGCAAAUGGGCGAAGACAUAUCUGGUGCUUGUGGUCAGCUUGUAGUGAACCUUUCGGAGCAGAUAUCCACUGGUAGUGUUAGGCUUUUGGCUGACAUUGAAGAUCUGCAUAUUUGAACAUAUCGAGUUCAGUUGGCCAGCAUAAACGAAUUGAUAAAGAUUUGCUUACUGUCUGCAUCGCGAAUUGGAAUUUCAUGCUUCCUAAGACAUGGAAAAGGGUGAGUUUCCUUAAUGAUUCAGCAGAAGUGAUCUCAUCUGUCGCUAGUUUUCAUUUGUUCAAGAUCCUUGAAUGAAUUUUUUAGGUUCGAUAAUAACAUCUGAAGUAGCUCAAAACUCAGCUCCAUAUUUCAGUGUAUAAUUGAAAUAACCUUUGCCUGAAUUCCAUUCCAAUUUUACAGCUGCUCAUUCAAGAUGCUCUUU